UUGGUGAUCCCUUUAAGAAACCGCAGGCGGAGGAAUUUCUCUGAGAGAAAAUAAUCCUACUCACGGGGCCCCUUGGAGGCCAUUAACCCCCCGAGUCCCGGCCCCCCCCUUUCCCCGGCAGGCCCUACAGCCCACGCGCACACCCGUGGGCUCUCAGGAUCUGCAGCCCGGCGCGCGGUAUCCGCCCCCUGCCUGCUCAGCUCAAGGCCCGGCCGGGUUCGAGGGAGCUGCUGCGAGGCGGCCGUGCCUGCAGUGUGGGCGGGGGCCGGGGGCCGAGAGGUACCGCCGCCACCGCGCCGGGAGCCGCAGCGGUUCCGAGCGGGGCCCAACAUGGCGGAGAGAGAGGUGGAGUCCGGCCCCCGAAAGAGGUUUGAACAGAAAAGUGGUGCAGUUUUUGAGGAAAUUGUAGAGAACUGUGGUGGUAUCAUGGAUACAGAAAUGUCUGAAGAUAUAGACCACAACUUAACUCCUACCCUUGACAGCAUGUCUUAUGGAAUGCCGAAUCAAACAGGAUCUGAAAAUUCAUUGCUGGAUGAAGAUGAUUAUUUUUUGAACUCUGGGGAUCUUGCAGGAAUUCCAGUCGUUGGUAGUGACAAUGAGGAUGAACAGGAUUUUAGUUCAAAGGACAAUCUUGCUUCUUCAGUUCAUACUGAUGAUAGCUUGGAAGUAGAGAGAAAUGUCACACAGCAUGAAUCAGACAAUGAACAUGAAGUACAAAUUCAAAAUAAAUUAAAAAAAGACUUUCCUAAACAGUUUGAUCAGGUUUCUGUCUUUAAAUCGAUACGGAAAGAUUUUAGUCUAGUGAGAGAAAACAGCAAAGAGACAUUUUCUGGAAAGGAGAAAAAUAGAGACCUAACUUAUCAUGAACGUGAAAAACGGUUGGAUAAACCCCAUAAAGAUUUGGAUUCAAGGUUGAAAAGCAGUUUUUUUGAUAAAGCAGGUAAUAAUUACUGGAAUAGAAUCAUAAAACACAAUAACAAAGAUUCCAGCUACCCAUUUGCCAAUAAAGAUUCCAUUGGUUCGGAACUGGGGAAUUCCUUUGCAUCAAAUAUUAGAAUUAAAGAAGAACCUUUGGAUGAUGAGUAUGACAAAGCAGUGGCACCACGGCAGGGACUACUAGACAAAAUUAAAGAUGAACCUGACAAUGCUCAAGAAUAUAGUCAUGGCCAACAACAAAAAACUCAAGAGGGGGAACUGAAAAUUAGCGCUGUGUUUUCAGUCAGUGGCAGCCCUCUUGUUAUUUUAGUUCACAAAAGUAAAGAAAUUAUAUUGUAUCUUAUUUUAAUCUUUGUUCUUAUUUUUAGAGACAUUUUAAAUCCAAAGGAUGUGAUCAGUGCCCAAUUUGAAAAUACCACCACUAGCAAAGAUUUUUGCAGUCAGUCAUGUUUGUCAACAUACGAAUUGAAAAAAAAACCUAUCGUUACCAUAAAUACAAAUAGUAUUUCAACCAAAUGCAGCAUGUGUCAGAAAAAUGCUGUUAUUCGGCAUGAAGUUAAUUACCAGAAUGUGGUACAUAAACUUUGCAGUGAUGCCUGUUUCUCUAAGUUUCGCUCUGCUAACAAUCUCACCAUGAACUGUUGUGAGAACUGUGGGGGUUAUUGUUAUAGUGGCUCUGGACAAUGUCACAUGCUUCAGAUAGAGGGACAGUCGAAGAAGUUUUGUAGUUCAACGUGUAUCACAGCAUACAAGCAGAAAUCAGCCAAAAUUACUCCAUGUGCGCUUUGCAAAUCGUUGAGAUCCUCAGCAGAAAUGAUUGAAAAUACCAAUAGCUUGGGGAAGACAGAGCUUUUCUGUUCUGUUAAUUGCUUAUCUGCUUACAGAGUUAAAAUGGUUACUUCUGCAGGUGUACAAGUUCAGUGUAACAGUUGUAAAACCUCAGCAAUCCCUCAGUAUCACCUAGCCAUGUCAGAUGGAAGUAUACGUAACUUCUGCAGCUACAGUUGUGUAAUAGCUUUCCAGAAUUUAUUCAACAAACCAACUGGAAUGAAUUCUUCAGUAGUGCCCCUAUCUCAGGGCCAAGUAAUUGUAAGCAUCCCCACAGGUUCAACAGUGUCAGCAGGGGGAGGCAAUACCUCUGCUGCUUCUCCCUCUUCCAUCAGUAGUUCUGCUGCAGCUGGUCUCCAGCGUCUUGCUGCCCAAUCCCAGCAUGUUGGGUUUGCGGGAGGUGUGGUGAAAAUCAAAUGUCAACACUGUAAUCGUCUUUUUGCCACAAAACCAGAACUUCUUGAUUAUAAGGGUAAAAUGUUUCAGUUCUGUGGCAAGAAUUGUUCUGAUGAAUAUAAGAAGAUAAAUAAUGUAAUGGCAAUGUGUGAAUAUUGUAAAAUUGAGAAAAUUGUAAAGGAGACUGUACGAUUCUCAGGUGCUGACAAGUCAUUUUGUAGUGAAGGUUGCAAAUUGCUUUAUAAACAUGAAUUGGCAAAACACUGGCGAAAUCACUGUAAAAUGUGCAGUUAUUGUUUACAGACCUCUCCCAAAUUGAUACAGAAUAAUUUGGGGGGAAAGGUGGAAGAGUUCUGUUGUGAAGAAUGCAUGUCUAAAUACACACUAUUGUUCUAUCAGAUGGCCAAAUGUGAUGGUUGUAAGCGACAGGGUAAACUCAAUGAGUCCUUGAAGUGGCGAGGGGAAAUGAAACAUUUUUGUAAUCUACUUUGUAUCUUAAUGUUCUGUAAUCAGCAAAGUGUAUGUGACCCACCUUCACAAAACAGUGCAGCAAAUGUUUCCAUGGCUCAAGCUGCUUCAGCAGGGCCCCCAACUCUGAGAAAAGAUUCGACUCCAGUUAUAGCUAAUGUAGUAUCAUUGGCAAGUGCUCCUGCUGCUCAGCCCACAGUGAAUUCUAACAGUGUCUUACAAGGUGCAGUUCCAACAGUAACAGCGAAAAUCAUUGGGGAUGCAAGUACACAAACAGAUGCCCUGAAACUGCCACCUUCCCAACCUCCAAGGCUUUUGAAGAACAAAGCUUUAUUAUGUAAGCCUAUCACGCAGACUAAAGCCACCUCUUGCAAACCACAUAACCAAAACAAAGAAUGCCAGACAGAAGACACUCCAAGUCAGCCCCAAAUUAUUGUGGUGCCAGUUCCCGUACCAGUGUUUGUGCCCAUACCCCUUCAUCUUUAUACUCAGUAUGCUCCAGUUCCAUUUGGAAUUCCAGUUCCAAUGCCUGUACCUAUGGUUAUUCCAUCCUCAAUGGAUAACGAAGAUAAAGUCGCUGAGAUUGAAGACAUUAAGGAAAAGCUUCCCACACACCCAUUUGAAGCUGAUCUCCUUGAGAUGGCAGAAAUGAUUGCAGAAGAUGAAGAAAAGGAGAAGACUCUAUCCCAGGGAGGAUCUCAAACUUCUGAGCAAGAACUCUUUCUAGACACCAAGAUAUUUGAAAAAGACCAAGGAAGUACAUACAGUGGUGAUCUUGAAUCAGAGGCGGUAUCAACUCCACACAGCUGGGAGGAAGAGCUGAAUCAUUAUGCCUUAAAGUCAAAUACUGUGCAAGAGGCUGAUUCAGAAUUGAAGCAGUUCUCAAAAGGGGAAACUGAACAGGAUUUGGAAGCAGAUUUUCCAUCAGGUUUGUGCAAAGUAUCUGCCUGCCAAGAGUCCUUUGUUUUUCAAGAUUGGUACAACUCUGAAUUGACAUUGUUUAAGCAGUUACCUAAAACUAAAUUUUAUAUUUAUAAAUUUUUGGAAUUCUUACAGGGACGGAAGAAGUCUAUAGUGGCUGUGGAGCCCAGGAGUCUAAUUCAAGGAGCUUUUCAAGGGUGUUCAGUGUCUGGGAUGACACUGAAAUACAUGUAUGGGGUAAAUGCCUGGAAGAACUGGGUUCAGUGGAAAAAUGCCAAGGAAGAGCAGGGGGAUCUAAAAUGUGGAGGAGUUGAACAUGCCUCAUCUAGCCCAUGUUCUAACCCUAUAGGAAGUGCUCAAGACCAGGCACGCUCUCAAGAAUCCUCAGACCCAGGGUGUAAAGUCCGCUCUGUGAAACUCAAGGAAGAUAUUCUGUCCUGCACUUUUGCUGAGUUAAGUUUCGGUUUAUGCCAGUUUAUCCAAGAGGUGCGGAGACCAAAUGGUGAAAAAUAUGAUCCAGACAGUAUCUUAUACUUGUGCCUUGGAAUUCAACAGUACCUGUUUGAAAAUGGUAGAAUAGAUAAUAUUUUUACUGAGCCCUAUUCCAGAUUUAUGAUUGAACUUACCAAACUCUUGAAAAUUUGGGAACCUACAAUACUUCCUAAUGGUUACAUGUUCUCUCGCAUUGAAGAAGAGCAUUUGUGGGAGUGCAAACAGCUGGGCGCCUACUCACCAAUCGUCCUCUUAAACACCCUCCUUUUCUUCAAUACCAAAUACUUUCAACUAAAGAAUGUUACUGAGCACUUGAAGCUUUCUUUUGCCCAUGUGAUGAGACGGACCAGGACACUGAAAUACAGCACCAAGAUGACAUAUCUGAGGUUCUUCCCACCUUUACAGAAGCAGGACUCAGAACCAGAUAAAGUAACUGUUGGGAAGAGGAAACGAAAUGAAGAUGAUGAGGUUUCAGUAGGGGUGGAGAUGGCAGAGAAUACUGACAACCCACUAAGAUGCCCAGUUCGACUUUAUGAGUUUUACCUGUCAAAAUGUUCUGAAAGUGUGAAGCAGAGGACUGAUGUAUUUUACCUUCAACCUGAGCGCGCCUGUGUCCCAAAUAGCCCCAUGUGGUACUCCACAUUCCCAGUAGAUCCUGGGACCCUGGACACCAUGUUAACACGUAUUCUCAUGGUGAGGGAGGUACAUGAAGAACUUGCCAAAGCCAAAUCUGAAGACUCUGAUGUUGAAUUAUCAGAUUAAAAUGGAAGUGAGGUUCCUAUUUUCGUACAUGUUGAUAUGCACCAAACUGUGAAUGCAUCCAGCUGCUGGAAACUGAUGUAUAAGUCCAAGUCCUCUUGACUUGAUAUAAGAUAAUGGAAAACAGAUGACUCGCGAACCCCACAGUGUGGAUGUACAAAUGAAAAUUGAAGGAAAGAAUAUGAACUGAGAAAUGUCCUUUGGCAGUGAUAUAGUUCUUAGACAUCUUCAGAAUGACUAACCAAUUUCUCUGAGUGGUGCAUAAUCUUAUUUUGUUUGGGAAUAACAAAUUGUGGAAUAUUUUUAAGGAAAACUGUUGUAUAAAACUCUACCAUAGUAACCUUAGACCUUAGAGAGGUAGCUUUGGAGUGAAACCUUGGCUUCAACAGGCUACUUGGGCGAGCCCUCCGUAAAAGUCAGGGGAGAGAUAAGUACAGAGCUAAGAGUAACAUCACGUGAGGACUGUGGGACCCAGACUUGGCGACCCAAUAAAAAUACUCAACUUUUUAAAACAGAUAGUAAAGUGGUCUUGAUUUUGAUUUUUCAUUGCCAAGCCAAUUUUGUGAAGGACAGAAGCCUCUGGUGGUUUUGCCUGGGCCCCUCGCAUCAGGGAAAAUGACCUUCACUGCGUUCACAGUGAGCGCGUCCCUUUCACUCUCUGGGUCUAGCUUCUCAGUGGUAGGUCUGUAUGUGGGUAAACUAAGGUAAAGGAGAUGAUAUUCCACAAACUAAUUAUGCACACAGAAAAUCUGUGGAGCCUGUUAGACCCCAAGUGUCUUGAAAUGUUUGUAGAAAACCCACUAAAAUGCCCACUUCUUUGGGUACAGGCCUUUAUUGCUGCUGUCUCAUAGCCUGAGCUGUGGUACACAGAAAUGGGGGUUCUCCUUUGUUUUCAUUUUGUCCCCAAUGGCAGCUUCUCUCCCAUUUGUUUUACCUUCCUAUUUCCCAAAAAAAUUCCUCUUAUUUUGUCUUUUGCAGCAGUUUCUGGAGGCCCUUGUCAUUUCAAAAAAAUAGUCUCUCUCCUUAACUCUGGCAAACCUGUGAGUGAUUCCACAAAGAUGCAGUAUUACUUAGCUAUCUGAAUUAUGGUAGAAAGGUCCUACUAGGUUCCUAUAUAAAGCCUUUGGAAGAUGACCUUGAUGCCCUAUGAAACCUAAAAAAUAGGGAUUCUGGAGUUAGGAUACAAAGACAUUGACUGUCUUGCAUAUCCACAGACAGGUCUUCUUAGAGCAUUAUUCCAAACUCUAGCUAUUUUAGUAGUUCUAUGAGGAGUGCGAGUCAUAGGUGUAUGUGGCAUAUCAGUCCAUCUCCCUCAUCUCCGUUCUUCUCUUCCCCACAAAAUUUUGAAUCAAAGCUUUUAUCAUGUUGGCCAAUCACAGGCUUCCUUUAGCUGAGGUUAAUUUAACCCUGUGAAAAAAGUUGAAAAAGUCAAAAACCUCUUAGAAAUUUUAAUUUUAAAGACUUUUCAGUAUGUUCCUUUUUUUAGAAGAGAGUGGCAGGGGUUUUUUUGUUUGUUUGUUUUUUAACAAAUGAAAGUCAUUUAAGUAAAAUAAAAAUUACUAAGUAGACUUUCUGACAUUGUGUACUUGAUGGCUCUGUCCCUCUGCUUGUAACAAAUCUCAAUUUUUGUUACCAAGAACUGUGUGAAAGAAGUAAAUCAGCCCAAAUUCUGUGUGAUUAAUUCCAUCUGUGUCUGUCAUUUCUGACUGGAAAACUUAUUACUUCCAUCCCUUGUUUGAUAUGGAGGAAAACAAUUGGAUUGUCUGAUAAGUCUGCCAAUAAAAUAUCCAGAAACAUCAGGUGUAAUAGUCCCCUAUACAAAUUCUAUGGUUUGUAUAAACACUAACAUUUUCCCCUUCUGUAGUUGUAUGAAAAAAUAAAUAUUGUUAGCAUAGUAGAUAAAUUGUUAUAAUACCA